AUCCUUUUUACAUGCCUCCAAAACCAAUCUAAGACAACUUGUCCGCAUACAGCAUAUAGAAAUGUGAAAAUUCGGGCACCUAAUAAUCGAGAGGAUAUACAGCAUGUAGUUCUUCUAUCAUGUCAUGAGAGUGACUUGCCCCCACAAAAACACUUCUUUCGCCAUGACACAACAUCGCAACUCGAUCUCUCUUCCAACUUCCAAGUACAAACUAUCUCAGCCCAGCCAGCCAGUGCGUUGCAUUCUUCUUCUUCCUCUGGUCGAGUAUUUUGGCCUCUUGAGCAAUGCACUGAUAGCCAGAUAAGCGAAGCCUGUAUUUAUUAAUUUAUUACAAUAAUUAUUUUUUUCUAUCGAUCCAAUAUUUAUCUCGUGCCCAUGGAGUCCUACGGCGCCUCCUCGCGGCGGCCCUGCACGGCGGCGACGGCCUCCCGUGCCGGCUCCGGCGCCUUCGUCUACGACGGCAUGCGCGCGAUGCCGCUGUCUACGUCCGCGGCCAACUUCACGCGCUCCCUCCGCAAGGCCGCCUCUUUCGCCCACAAGAAGGCGCCGCCCAGCGCCGACGCGCCGCCGCCGCGGCGCACGCUGAGCAGCAAGGAGAACAGCGGCAGUGCCGGCGCGGCGUCGACGGCGGACGCGCACGCGCUCCCGAUGCCGCCGCGCAGGUGCUUGCCCGAGCCUGCUGGAGCCGCCGCGAGGGGCCCCUGGGAGCCGGCGAGGCGGAGGCGGAGCAGCAGCAGUGCCGGGACGACAACGACGGACGACGCGGGCGCCGGGAAGUGGUCGGCGGGCGCGCUGCGGGAGCUGAUGGCACUGCGCAGGAAGGAGGAGCCCGAGAAGGAGGAGGCCGCGCACCGCGCGCGCAUGCUGACGGCGCGGCUGCUGCAGUGGCGGUUCGCCAACGCGCGCAUGGAGAGGGCCAUGGCCCGCGCCUCCUCCUCCGCCGAGAACAAGCUGUUCUACACGUGGCUGCGCGUGGCGGAGCUGCGCAACAUCCAGGCGGCGAAGCGGAUCGUGGCGCAGCGGCGGCGGCAGAAGCUGAAGCUGGCCCGCCUGCUGCGCCCGCAGCUCCCGCUGCUGGUGGCGUGGGAGCCCCUCUCCAAGCCGCACGCCGACGCCGCCGCCGAGCUCGGCCGCGCCCUCUCCGAUGCCUGCACCGGCCUCCCCCUGGCCGCCGGCGCGCGGACCGACGCGGAGUCGCUGCGCGAGGCCGUGUCCUCCUGCGCGGGCACCGUCGAUGAGAUCGAGGCCAUGGUCGGCACGUUCCACGCCACGGCCGGCGCGACGAGCGGCGCGCUGGGCGAGCUCGAGCGGACGAUCCAGCAGGAGGUGGAGUGCCUGGAGGAAGCGACGCGGCUGUCGAGCAUCCUCACCGCCUUGCAGAUGCAGGAGCUGAGCCUCCGGGCGAAUCUGAUCCAGGCGAGGCAGAGGCUCGCCGGGAUGGGAUCGGGAUCGGGGCCGGCCGUCCUCGCCGCGCCGGCGUUCGCAGCUUCCGGUUGGUGUUUUUGAUCCGGACAUGAACAGAGCAGGGGGUGCAACUACUCACCCUGCCACCCACUAUAAUUAAUUUAAGAAAAUUGAUUAAGGCGCGAGACUUGUGUUCGUCGCCAAGGGAGGACAGCUGAUUCGACGCGUGGUUACUUUGUGUGCGCGUGACUGGAAAUAAGUUAAGCGGUAGGUUGAUGAACGCGUGUUCCCCAGCCGGGUGUGCGCCUGUUUGUUUAUCGGGGUGUAUAUAUAUGUAUCUUCACUUGAGGUAUUUAUCCAUUUCUAUGCAGGCGGGCAUUUGUGGUGUAUUGGGUGUGUGGAUAUUUGUUUGCGACUGUAAUUUGAGUUACUCAUGGGUAUUUGUGUGUGUGUCCAAAACAUGUAAUUGAGUUAUCAAGGAUUUAUGCGUAUUUAUUUAUGCAUCACCGUUGGGAACAACUGAAUAACGAGCUGGUAUGUA